CCACCCCGGACGGUCGCUCCCCCCAUCGCUUUCCUGCCCAUCCGCCACCUCUUCGGAUCAUCGACCCCCCCCUUCCUUCCCAUUUCUAGACCUUUCCUCGGCCCCGUCUUCCAUCGCCUGUCCUCCGUCUGACCUCCCAGCCGCCGUCUCCAACCCAGCCCACAAUGUCCUAUACUCGCACCGCACACUCCAACCACCCCCCGCAUCCCGACACUCGCCCGCUGCGGCAACCUGCUCCGUCCUCGUCCUCGUCCUCGUCGUCCUCUCACUACCACUCAAACCCAGCCGCCUCUGGCCACCUGUCCCAGACUUCCAGGCGCUCUCUGCCGACCGCCUCUGCCACCAAACCCACCUCCACUGCCACCUCUGCAUCAUCCGUAUCCUCAUCCUCCCGACCGCCGUCGACCAUGGCGACUGCAGCCACCUCCCACCAUCCGUCCUCGCAGGCCCUGCGAUCGGAUCUUCCGCCCAAGGCCUGGAACCAGUGGACGUUUUCCGACGAGGAGCUGCACGAUUCCCUAACAAAUCUGACAACGUUUUCGAUGAACGACCCCCGCUUCAAGACCGCCCUGUUCAUCUCCGACAUUGCCAUGCAGUACUCAACAUGGAAGGGCCCCAUUCCCCGUGAAACCAUCACAGUGGCCCGUGUUCUCGCCCACCGAUUCUACUCCCGAGCCGGACUGAAAGAUAGCAAGUGCAUGGAGCUGGCGGCCGCAUGCUUGCUGCUGGCCCUCAAGUCGGACGACCGAUACUACCGCCGCUGCUCGACAAAGUCCUUUGUCCGAUGCGUCGUCUAUCUCUGCAGCAAGAAUGACGUUAAAAAACAGUUCCGGUAUGAGGAGCUGAUGACGCCCCAGGGCCUGGAUCUGUACAACAAGUGGUUCGACUACAUUCUGCAGUAUGAGGAACUUGUCCUGCAAACGCUGUGUUUUGAUCUCGAGGUCGAUUCGGGCGAGCUGAAGCUGCACGAGAUCCUCAAUGCCAUCCAAGCCCCUGUUCCUUUACGUGAGGCCGCGAUGCGCCACCUGCGUGAUUCGUUCUAUACCCCCAUGUGCCUGCACUUUGACAUUGCCACGAUCGCGGCGACCUGUGUGAUGCUGGCGCAUUACACUGCCAGACAGCCCGAUGGCAAGCUCUUUGAGUUCCCCAAGUAUGCGUGGAGCAAACCCUUCGCCAAGCGAAAACACAUGAGCAUGUGCCUGCGGUACUUUGACGGGUGGUUUGUGCAAAAAUGCAUGGUGCCCUUCCACGCAGCCAAGCCCAAGCGGCAGCCACAGCAAGCGCAACAGCCCAAUACCCAGGCCCUUUCGCCUCCCAACACGGCCAACCCGUACUGCUUCCCGGCGACACCGCUGCUCCUAGUGCAGGCCACGUCUCCGAUGCCUGCAGGUGCCCAUCCCGACCAUCCGACGGCCUCGGCGGGAUCGUGUCUGACGCCCAAUAGCCCGUCCUCGGCUCCGGCGGCCAAGCCAAACGAAACCAAGGCUGCCCUUCCUCUGGGCACUGGUGCCAAGCGGAAAGGCCACGACCAGGAUGCCGACCCAUCCAAGCGCCUCAGGGCCACGCCGACAUCGAACGGCGGAAGCCAGGAGGUCGAGGAAGGCGAGCUUCUGGACUAAAGGCGGCUCGACCUGUGCCAGCCAUGUCCGUCUCGACGCAUCCGCCCCGAUCUCCCUGUGACAGCUUAACGCCACACCUUCC